GGAACAGCCUAUUGAUAAUAAUUCUGAUGUGGCAUAUAUUAUAACAAUCAUUAUUAUAGCUAUAACUUUUACUUUGCUGGUGAUUAUUUUGAUAUCUGUUCUUGUGAUCAUCAAACGUAAAAAGACAAACCAAUCAAAAUUUGACUGGUUUGUCUUAAAAGCAGAUAUCUUUGAUGGAGUCAACAAAGAUAAUCCAUUAUUACUUCUCAGGAGAUGAAUAAAGGUGCCUCGCCUUAUACUAUCAGGAGAUAAAGAGAAAACAACUCUUCUUGUGUUCCUGACAAUGAAGCUAUUGACUUUGUUUAGUGUUGUGUUGCUACUGAUUACUCUAUCUGAUUUGGUUAUAUCUGAUAGCUGUGAUGGCUGCUGUGGUGAUAGUGAUGGUGAUGGACAAGGCAUUUUUAGCUAGUUGUAUAAGCUGCAUGGGUGAGACUAUCACUUGCAUAGAUAUUGAUGAGUGUGCAUAUGAAAAUGGAGGAUGUGAACACAACUGCACUAAUACAAAUAGUUCUUACUAUUGUUCAUGUUUCACUGGAUACAGGCUGUACAAGAAAAAGUUUUGUUCAGAUAUUGAUGAAUGCAGUGAAGGUAUAUCAGGUUGUAAUCAGUUAUGUUCUAAUACUCUUGGAAGCUACACUUGCAGUUGUCACAAUGGAUAUGAACUGGAAAUGGAUAAUCAUACCUGUAUUGAUAUUGAUGAAUGUCUUACCAAUAAUGGAGGAUGUGAUCAUACUUGUGUGAAUACUAAUGGUAGCUACUAUUGCCAGUGUAACUACAGUUAUGUGUUAAAUCAUAACAGACAUCAGUGUGAUGAUGUCAAUGAAUGUGCUAAUGGUAACAAUGCAUGUAACCAGAAAUGUAUCAAUACUAUUGGAUCAUACUACUGUGACUGUUACACUGGAUAUCAUCUUAUAAGCAAUCAAAGAUACUGCAUAGACACUAAUGAGUGCUCAACAAAUAAUGGUGGCUGUCAGCAGCGCUGCUAUAACACUGAUGGGAGCUAUUAUUGCUCUUGUUGGUCGGGAUACUAUUGGAAUGCUACAACGAACAGAUGUGAAGAUAAGGAUGAAUGCUCUCCAAAUUGGAGCAAUAGGUGUGAGCAAAAUUGUCACAACAGGAAUGGAUGGUACUAUUGUAGUUGCAGACCUGGAUACAGGUUACGCUACAGCUACUAUUGCUACAACAUUGAUGAGUGUCAAAAUAACAAUGGCGGGUGUGAACAACGUUGUAUAGAUAAUACUGGAUCUUAUUACUGUGAUUGCAAUGUAACUGGCUAUGCUCUUGAUGGAGAUAAUCAUGGAUGCUCACGAAAUUGUAGCACUGAUCCUCUGGUCUGCCAGCAAGUUUGUCAUAGUCAAAAUGACCUCUUAAAUUGUUCAUGUUAUCCUGGCUACAGAUUAACUGAUGAUGGAAGAACUUGUGAAAAGAUAUAUCUAUGUUCAGAAAAUGCAACAAACUGUAAUCAAAUUUGUACUAAUACAAAUAAUAGUUUUAUUUGUUCGUGUAAUGAUGGCUAUGAGCUAUCAAGUGACAAUGCUACAUGUCAGGAUAUUAAUGAGUGUAUUAACAGUGACUGUGAACAUAACUGUACCAAUACUGAUGGAAGUUACACUUGUUCAUGUUAUAGUGGCUACUCAUUAGAUAGUGAUGGGAGAAGCUGUUCAGACAUUAAUGAGUGCCUUAAUGAAAAUGGAGGUUGUCAACAAAAAUGCACUAAUCAAAAUGGUUCUUUUGAAUGUUCAUGCAAUAAUGGCUAUGCAUUAGAAAAC